GAGACGGGGGUUUCACCGUGUUAGCCAGGAUGGUCUCGAUUUCCUGACCUCAUGAUCCGCCCACCUCGGCCUCCCAAAGUGCUGGGAUUACAGACGUGAGCCACCACGCCUGGCGAUAUACUACAGUUUCUAAUCCAUUCACUUACUGAGGGACAUUUUUGUUGCUUCCAAAGUAUGCCAAUUUUGGAUAAAACUGCUAUACACAUACAUGUACAGGUUUUUGUGUGGACAUAAAUUUUCCACUCAUAUGGAUAAAUUCUGAAAAAUAUGGUUACCGUAUUGUAUGGUAAAAGUGUGUUUAGUUUUGUAAGAAACCACCAAACUCCAUUUCAAAGUGGCUGUACAACUUUGCAUUCCCGUCAGCAAUGAGAGCUCCUGUUGCUGUACAUUUUCUCAACCAUUUGCAGUUGUCAGUGUUACAGAGGUUGUUCAUUCUAAUAGAUGUGUAGUGGUAUCUCAGUGCUGUUUUAAUUUUUACUUCCCUGAUGACAUAUGAUGGGGAUUAUCUUUUCAUACACUUAUUUGCCAUCUGUGUAUCUUCUCUGGUGAGGUAUCUAAACCUAAAAUCUUUGCCCAUUUCGUUUUUUAAUCAAGAUGUUUCUUUUUUUUCUUUUUUUUUUUUUGAGACGGAGUCUCACACUGUCACUAGGCUGGAGUGUCGUGGCAUGAUCUCGGCUUACUGCAACCUCCACCUCCUGGGUUCAAGCGAUUCUCCUGCCUCAGCUUCCCAAGUAGCUGGGACUACAGGCAUGCGCCACCACGCCCAGGGAAGUGUGACCUUUGAAGAUGUGGCCGUGUACUUCUCCUGGGAGGAAUGGGAUCUCCUUGAUGAGGCUCAGAAACACCUGUACUUCGAUGUGAUGCUGGAGAACUUUGCACUUACGUCCUCCCUGGGACUUACGUUAUCCUGGUCUCAUGUAGUUGCUCAACUAGGGCUAGGGGAAGUGCCCUCUGUUCUUCACAGGAUGUUCAUGACUCCAGCCUCAGCAAGAUGGGAUCAGAGAGGGCCUGGCCUACAUGAAUGGCACUUGGGAAAAGGCAUGUCAUCAGGUUGUUGGUGUGGAGUGGAACAUGAGGAAACACCUUCUGAACAGAGAAUUUCCGGAGAAAGAGUGCCACAGUUCAGGACUUCCAAAGAAGGUUCAUCUUCCCAGAAUGCCAACUCCUGUGAAAUACGUUGCCUGGUCUUGAGAGAUAUUUUGCACUUGGCUGAACACCAAGGAACAAACUGCAGGCAGAAACUACACACAUGUGGAAAACAAUUCUACAUCAGUGCAAAUCUUCAACAGCACCAGAGGCAGCACAUUACAGAGGCACCUUUCAGAAGUUAUGUGGACACAGCCUCAUUUACACAGAGCUGCAUAGUCCAUGUGUCGGAGAAACCUUUUACCUGCAGGGAGAUCAGGAAAGACUUCCUGGCCAACAUGAGGUUUCUCCAUCAAGACGCCACUCAAACAGGGGAGAAGCCAAAUAACAGUAACAAGUGUGCGGUGGCCUUUUACAGUGGAAAAAGUCAUCACAACUGGGGAAAAUGCAGUAAAGCCUUUAGCCACAUAGACACACUUGUUCAGGACCAGAGAAUCCUCACUAGAGAAGGACUUUUUGAGUGCAGUAAAUGUGGGAAAGCAUGUACGCGAAGAUGUAACCUCAUUCAGCACCAGAAAGUCCACAGUGAAGAAAGGCCUUAUGAAUGCAAUGAAUGUGGAAAAUUCUUUACCUACUACUCCAGUUUCAUUAUACAUCAGAGAGUUCAUACUGGAGAAAGGCCUUAUGAGUGCCCUGAAUGUGGGAAAUCCUUUAGUCAGAUAUACAGCCUCAAUAGCCAUAGGAAAGUUCACACUGGAGAAAGGCCUUAUGAAUGUGGGGAAUGUGGGAAAUCUUUUAGCCAAAGGUCCAACCUCAUGCAGCAUCGCAGAGUUCACACUGGAGAAAGGCCUUAUGAAUGCAGCGAAUGUGGGAAAUCUUUUAGCCAAAACUUCAGCCUGAUUUACCACCAGAGAGUUCACACUGGAGAAAGACCUCAUGAGUGCAAUGAAUGUGGAAAAUCCUUUAGCCGAAGCUCCAGCCUCAUUCACCACCGGAGACUUCACACUGGAGAAAGACCCUAUGAGUGCAGUAAAUGUGGGAAGUCAUUUAAGCAAAGCUCCAGCUUCAGUUCACAUCGGAAAGUCCACACAGGGGAAAGGCCUUAUGUGUGUGGGGAAUGUGGGAAAUCCUUUAGCCAUAGCUCCAACCUUAAGAACCACCAGAGAGUUCAUACUGGAGAAAGGCCUGUUGAGUGCAGUGAAUGUAGCAAAUCCUUUAGCUGUAAAUCUAACCUCAUUAAACACCUGAGAGUUCACACUGGAGAAAGGCCUUAUGAGUGCAGUGAAUGUGGGAAAUCCUUCAGCCAAAGUUCUAGCCUCAUUCAACACCGCAGAGUUCACACGGGAAAAAGGCCUUAUCAGUGCAGUCAAUGUGGGAAAUCCUUUGGCUGCAAAUCUGUCCUCAUUCAACACCAGAGAGUUCACAUUGGAGAAAAGCCUUAGCUAUACUGAGAAUAUGCAAUUUCCUUUUAGUGUAAUUAUACUGAAGGAGUACACCUGUGAGAGAGACAAGAACCUGAUUUGGAAGCCCCAACAUCUAAGGAUAUACAGUGGGCGGAUUCCCCUUAAGUUCCAGGUAUGUGUUACACUUUCUAACGUGCCAUUUAGAAAGUGUUACACUUUCUCACCUGCCAUUUAUGGCUCUUGCCAUUUAUGUCACUGACAGUUUCUGAGGCAGAAGCCGUAUCACGUCUACCACCUGUGAGGUCCACACAGUGUGUAUCAUUUACCUCCUGAACUUGCUCAAGGAAGCAGACCUCUGCUUCUCCCCAUUUGCUAGAAGAAAUCAUGAAUAGUCUGAGUCUUCCUCUCUGACAAGUUAGGGCAUGGACUUGACCCAGCUUUGUGCCGGAGAACCCAAUAUGAGUGUUGUUGGCAGCUUGCCAAGAAGGACUGUCUUUUUCAAGACAUACUGGUUUCAUGUGACGCCUCCAUGGAUUUUUUUCCAGCCUCUAAGUCACCAACUUGGGAACUGCUUGUCUCACGUUGCUUUGUUUUUUACAAUAAUAAAAGCAUUAUUAUUUAAGCUA